UCGAAGUGCGCGGGUUGAUGUUUCUCUAAAGUUUGAACUUUUAGUGCUGGAACAAUAAUCAUUUUAUGAUGAGAAGUUCUGUUUAAUGUUUCUGCUAAAUUUAUCUAAUGCAACUAAUCGUUCGUUCGUUGGUUUGUUUCAUAAUUUUUAUGUAGCAGUGGGGUACACGGAACAAAUGCCACAUGGACACAGCUUGUAUAAGGACCAUCAAAGAAACCAAUGACGUAGUCUCAAAAAUCGGCAAAAGUCAGCCAAUGUAUCGCGUGUGUGCUUCCGUGUGUCGAUCGCCGGGCCGCUUAUAUUUAAUUGACGCUCGGAGUGGUCUCCAUCAAAACGUAAAAGCCUCUGUCCAAGGGAUGACAUCACAAAAGAAACUUUACGGCCGAUCCCAUGACGAUCAUCAUGACCUCACUACCUCGGAAGCGCAUCAGACUAAUACACUGAGAGAAUUCGGACUUAGUAAAUCGACGCGUCCUACUGAAAGUACAGUCGUCGCUUCACUACAGCUCGCUGGGGUUACAGUUCGAGAGUUACAUAAUGACAUUAUUGACAAUGGAACUACAGCCUCAGUCAACGCUUCGUCGGCUAAGGUGAGAAUAGACCCAGCGACUAAACUUGAUAGCAAGGUAAAUCAUACUUUGAAAGAAGGACGAAGACCCAUAAGCGGCGCUGCAGUCCGCCGCUCUCGGAUAUUACAAGAUCAGGAAACGGUGUUGAUGGCACUGAAAAGCUUCAUAGAGGUAUCGGUACUUUGUGGCGAAUUGACGCAGGCCAUCAUCGCAUUGCGAUACUAUCAGAAGAAGCUCUCACUUAAAUGUGGAAACGACAUUAUUAAAUCGGUACCGACAUGGAUUUACAAUUCACUUCUAUGGGGAUACAUUAACAAGCGAGACCUCCUUGGGGUCAUGAUGGUGAAAAAGUUAAUGGCAGAAAAUCGUGUUGCGUUUGAUGUGACAAACUGUUUCGAUUUAUUCGCGGUCAAGAUAGACCGGGAUCCAAAACUGUCUUCCAGGUUGAUCAGCGCUAUAUUCGGAAACGAAAUCACGUUUAAACAGCGAUGUCAAGAGCUUGUGAUUGACAAGAUUCAGUCUGAAAAUAUCAUGAGGAUCAUUCGGAAGGUAAAACCAGAUUCCCGGGCACCAGUGCAAACUUAUCUGGAGCAAUACAAAUGCGGUCCUCAGAAAGAUCUGAAAUCAAACAAGGUCUCUGAAUCUAGUCCCGAACAAGAUAAAAUUAUACCAUUGAACCUACUUUUUGAGGGAGCUGGAGAGCAAUGGAGCCGCGAACUAAGAGGAAUCGUUAAGGUGAAGUCAAUAACCGCAGUUAGGGAACCGACGCCGUAUGUGAAAUUCCUGCGUCUGCAAGUACAGGCUCUUGAAAAAGAAUGGGCCGACGAUCUUCGUUUCUUUCUGAAUAAAGAGUUGCGGAAGUUACAAAGCCAUCAACAAGUUAAUUCUGGGAUGACUUUACACCCUUACCUAAGCGUACUCGACCUUAAGGCAGUCGUCGCCCUAUUGCUACACGAGAUACGAUCGAUUGCCCUCUCAGCAGACACAUGUAACCUCGCUAUAAACCAGCGUUGCGAAAUGUUUGGUCAACAAAUAAAUGACAUGUAUGCCACAUGUGCGAAAACGAGGCUUGGGGUUACCCCUAAAUUGAAGGCAAUCUACAACGAUUAUCUGAAGAUCUAUAAUUUGCGGUCAACGCGUCCCGAACGUGAGCUUUGGGAAGAUUUACUUACUCAGCAUUCGUUGUGGGGCCCCACUCUCGAAGAGUUAAGUCCGGUUCCGUGGCCGAAGUCGGUUAUUACUGGGGUGGGCCGUUUCCUUUACCAGGCAAUCCGCAACCUUCAACUAGACAUCGAUAUUUUAAAAAGUGAUAACAGGUCAGGUGUACUGGUCAAUGCUAUUUAUGUCGUGUUUAAAAAGAAUGGCUCUUCUUUUUGUAAAAGAGAAGAAUGGAAACCCCAUCCUAUGCUCGCCAAACUAUACCGUGAAGCUCAGCUAGAAGAUCUUCGUUUCGACAUCAAGACAGUCCCAAUGUUGAGUCCUCCGAAACCGUGGCAUAAUCGAGAGGAUUCGCCUUUCCUUGUGUCUCAAGUAACUAUGAUUCGAGCUCCCAACGAAAGAGCUUUUCAGAAAGACAAGUCGAUACGCGGAGAUUUCUAUCUGGCGUUUGACGCACUCAAUGCUCUCUCCAGAUGCCCUUGGAUCAUCAAUAAGCCCAUAUUGCAAUUAAUUACUAAGGUGUUUUUGAACAAUGGUGAUCCUAAAUUGGGUAUUCCACAACCAUCAGGUGUCCUUCCGAUAUCACAGCCGCUCAACUCGGAACCAAAGAGUGAAGAGCAUAAAGCCACGAAAGAGCUCGCAACUUACCACCGGAAAUGUGCGGAAGCGUACUCGCUAUGGUGUGACAUGCUUUACAAAUUGUCGAUUGCUAACCAUUUCAAAGAUACUACCUUCUGGUUUCCGUACAAUUUAGAUUUCAGAGGUCGAGCGUAUCCAUGCUCAUCGUACUUCAAUCACAUUGGCAAUGACGUAAUGCGUGGAUGCUUGAUGUUUGCUGAGGGAAAACCUCUUGGACCGAAUGGAUUAAAUUGGCUCAAGUUGCAUCUGAUUAACCUGACUGGAUUUUUGAAGGAUCGGUCAAUUUCUAAGAAACUCAAGCACGUAAAUGAAAUUAUAGAUGAUAUAUUGGACUCAGCUGAUUAUCCGUUUACCGGCAAAAGGUGGUGGCAAACUUCAGACGAACCGUGGCAAACGUUAGCUGCCUGCAAAGAAGUGGCCAACGCUCUACGCUGCGACAAAGGCCCCUCUGAGUACGUAUGCCACUUUCCCGUUCAUCAGGAUGGCAGUUGUAAUGGUCUACAGCAUUACGCCGCUCUGGGAAGGGAUCUUCAAGGCGCAGAGCAGGUGAAUCUCAGGCCUAUGGAUCUUCCUCAGGAUGUAUACAGCGGAAUUGCUGAGGUUGUUGAACAGGAAAGAAUGCGUGAUGCUGAGGACGGAGUGUUUAUAGCUCGGAUUCUUGAGGGGUACAUCAAAAGAAAGGUGGUUAAACAAACGGUGAUGACUGUUGUAUACGGCGUAACUCGGUAUGGUUCUGAACAACAAAUACUGCGACAGCUGCAAGACCUGGCUGAUUUCCCACAGCAAUACGUCCAUGCUGCAGCUUCAUAUCUUGCCCAAAAAGUUCUUUUCAGUCUUCGUGAAAAGUUCACUGCGACUAGACAAAUCCAGGACUGGUUAGCUAACUGUGCGAAGUUAGUGGGCAAAAUCAGAGGCCAGCCGAUCGACUGGAUAACACCUCUCGGACUGCCCGUUGUACAGCCCUAUUUUCUACCUGUCAAGAAAAGGUCGCCAGUAUCGUUUGGGGAAAAUCUUUACAAAAACUAUGUCGACUUUUGGGAUCACAGCAGCAAACCCAAUGUAAAGAAGCAGAGAAAUGCCUUCCCGCCUAAUUUCAUUCACAGUAUAGAUUCGAGUCAUAUGAUGUUGACAGCAAUUCAUUCACAGGCAGCCGGCAUCAGUUUUGCGUCCGUUCACGAUUGUUUCUGGACGCAUCCGUCUACGGUAGAGACUAUGAAUCGGCUUUGCCGUGAACAGUUUGUAGCUCUUCAUUCAGAACCGAUCCUGGAAAAUUUGUCGGAAUAUUUUGUGCAGCGAUUUGGCUUUCUUGACUCUGAGGUUACUGGAGAUGACUCUCGUUCAGAUAUUGUCAAGAAAAAGUUUAAUGAAGCGUUAAGGAAGGUUCCUCCAAGGGGUGAAUUUAACCUUAAAGAGGUCCUUGAUUCGGUGUACUUUUUCAGCUAGUGUUAUUGACCUAAUAUUACCAAACCUUUUUUGCGUAUAGACUAAAUAUUUUGUGGGAUUAUAUUCAUUUACUAUCAAAUUCGUUUAGCAAAAUGGCCCUUUGUGUAAGAGAGAUAAAAAUGAGGUUCUUUAAAUACGUAUCUUAAAUUUUAACUAGGUAAAAUUUGAGAUACGUAUUUUAUUUAAUUAACGUUCAUUUAUUAAGCAGCUCUGGGGUCGUGAUGCGUAAUACAUGAAAAUUUCGUGUUCAAUUUAGGAUGCUUGAACUAUAUAUAUAUAUUUCCAGUCACUUAAAGAAACAUCCCGAUACGUGGAGAUGUCUUCGACCAAAUUGUUGUAGAAGGACAACACGUGCUCAGUGGACCUCGUCGUCGGCCAAAUGGUCAAUUUUAAUUGUAAAAUUAUAUUCUGUGUAUCCUUUGGCAAGAAUUUUUGGAGUGUAUUUGUUCCAGUUUUAAUGCCUUAUUAUUAGCAUAUGCAUAAUAAAGAAACUGGUAUGCAAGUGUAUGUACAAAUUGCGCGUUACCAAUUUUUGUAAAUAGUGUCCAGUAAUAGUAAUAUAUAUUGCACACAUACAAAAUUAUCAACACGUAUGAGCUCUCAUGUGUGAUUAUUUAGAGCAAUGUAAUUGAAGAGAAGUAUUCGAUACUUAUGGAAUUUCACAUGAUGAUAGCAUGGUAUUGAUGGUGGCGUAGUGGACACAAACUUGUCAUAGUCGUACGAAAUAUACCAGUUCUAAACCGACCUUAUUCAUCAGAAGUGUUCGAUCUUUAAGGGAUGAAUAUUUUAGACACGUACGUAAGUAAAUAUUUACCAAAUUCUCAAUUAUUCGUAAUUAAUAAAUGUUCAUUACAGAAGUUGCUGAACGAAACUAUAAAAAGCUGCUUCAAUUUUGCUUUUUUAUUAUAUACUCCGGCAAUACUAACGAUAGCUUACAUAACUUGUAGAACGGUCUUUCAUGCUCUUCAAAGUAGCGUUAAUACCGAUCUUGUAAUUAAACUUGUGCUAUUAGGACAGCAAAUACAUGCUUGAACUAAUUUUAGACAAA